AUGCCGCUUGCAUCAGGGGCAGAGAAGCAUGGGUCAGAGAGGCCGUGGGCAGGUGGAGGAGUGGCAGCAGCUGGAGCAGCAGAAGAAAGAGCAGGGGUUGCAAUUGGGACAAGAGUAACAGCAGCAGGAGCAUUUACAGAAAGAGAACCAGGAGAAGGAUGGGCAGGAGCAGGCAGAUUAGAAGGAGCAGGAGGAGGAGCAGGAGGAGGAGGAGGAGGAGGAGUAGGAGGAGUAGUAGCAGCAGGCAGGGGUAAAGGAACCUCUAGAGAAACCUCUGUGAAAACCCUAGCCCCUUUUGCUGAAGCCACCUUCUCAUUCUCCCUCACAGACAUUCACACAGCCACCAGUGGUUUCCACCCGAGCAACCUGAUUGGCCGAGGCGGAUCCAGCCAGGUGUUCCGGGGGUGUCUGCCGGGCGGCAAACUGGUUGCUGUGAAAAUAUUUGAUUCGCCGCCCGGCGGGGAGAGGGAUUUCAUUACGGAGGCUCGGCUGCUGAGCCGGCUGAACCACAAAAACGUGGUGAAGCUUCUGGGGACCUGCGACGAGGGCGGCUUGCGUUGUCUAGUCUUCCAGCUAGCCGAAAAGGGAAGCCUGAGGGAGCACCUCCACUCCUCCACCCUCCCCACCUCCACCCUCCCCACCUCCACCCUCCCCACCUCCACCCUCCCCACCUCCACCCUCCACUCCCCCACCCUCCCCUCCUCCCUCUCCACCCUCUCUCCCACGCCGGCCGUUCUAGACUGGUCCACGCGGGUGAAAAUAGCCCUGGGGGCGGCACAGGGUUUAGCUUACUUGCAUGAGGACUCUAGUCCGCAGAUUAUCCACCGGGAUUUAAAGACGUCGAAUAUCCUGCUGGAUGCUGAUUGGACGGCUAGGAUCGCGGAUCUGGGUCUGGCGAGAGUGGUGAGAGAGAAGAAAGCUGGGGUGGAGUCCCAGCACAUGAGGGGCACGUUUGGGUACAUGGCGCCUGAGUAUGCGCUGACUGGUAGAGUGGCGCCCAAGAGCGACGUGUUCAGCUUCGGUGUGGUGCUGCUGGAAGUGCUGUCCGGCCGCCCUGCCCUUGUACCUCUGGAGCCGACACAAGCGACUGGACCUCAGAUGCUUCUGCACUCUCGUCCUCAGCUGCUGGAAGUGCUCUCCGGCCGCCCUGCCCUUGUACCUCUGGAGCCGACACAAGCGACUGGAGAUGCCGCAGCAGCUGUGGACGAGAGUGCAGAAGUUUUGGAAGCCCCUUCUCUCCUCGUACGUGCAUACCCACAUGUCACAUGCCUGUUCCGUGUGUAUGAUUGUGUGGGUGGUGAUGGGGGAAAGGGAGAUAGGGGGGUGGGUGUAUCAAGCAUCGUGGUGUGGGCCAAGCCCCUUCUCUCCUCGUACGUGCAUACCCACAUGUCACAUGCCUGUUCCGUGUGUAUGAUUGUGUGGGUGGUGAUCGGGGAAAGGGAGAUAGGGGGGUGGGUGUAUCAAGCAUCGUGGUGUGGGCCAAGCCCCUUCUCUCCUCGUACGUGCAUACCCACAUGUCACAUGCCUGUUCCGUGUGUAUGA